AACUCCAAUUGGCUUGCGCUUAUCCGGAGGGCAUUAGGCCCGCUGAAGGGCGCCAACUGAAGGGCAUCUCGUUGGUGUCUGCCGGCCCCUCUGCCAGUGUGUCGGGCAUGGCUGCGGCAGUGGUUGCCGUUGCGGGUGCUAGGCUAUCGUUGGCAGAGCCCGGGUCCCUUAUCUGAGAGAGGUAUGCCCCCGGGGCUUGAGCAGAGGAGAAAGGGCACGCACAGGGAGGGCAAUAGGCAUUCGCCGGCGGGCAGGCGGCGAAGCCCUGUCAAGCGGGCGCAGGCAGCAGAGUGGACGGCUGGCGCCACAGGUCCCCUCGGACAGGGUGUGCAGGGAUGGCCAGCGGGGGUCACAGGCGGACGCUGUAGGCAGUGGCAGCAUGGCGGGACGCACGCACGCAAAUCCGUUAUCAGUGAGGAAGAGAAUUUUUUUCUCCUUUUUUCUUCGUUUUCGCAGAUUAGAUUGUUAUCCAUGGUUUUCCGGGGCUUUCCACAUGGCUUUUCGUGCAUUGUGGAGCGUAUUGUCUUUAUCGAACUUAUCUGGAUUUCUAUUGCCAGUCGUGGUGCGUCUGCUGCGAUUAGAAAGAGAGAUUGGUCUGCUGAUAAUGCGUAGCAGCACUAAAAAGCAAUUUUCACCUCUGCCCGUCUUGCCUUAUGGAUGUGCUCCCUCUUUGAUGAGCACCGUAUAUCUCGGCUCUGGUGGCGGAGAGAUGCUGCCGAUGCCUGGUGCAGCAUGAAUCUAUAAAU